UGAGAUGAAGCAAAUGGGGUGGACGCUGCAUGGACUGUGACUCCCUGUCCCGCCCUCACUGCUCUCCCUCUCCAGGGAUCAGGCCCUGACUAUAUAACAGAGAGACGAGCCCUCCUGAAAUCCCCUAAGUCAGGCUCACUUGAAAAGACUUAUAGGUUCCAGAUUCACUUCUUCUCACUUCUGGAAGUUGGCAGGGGUGCUUGAGACCUCCACAAAGUCUUGGAAAUCAGGGAAGCCUCCAGGUUGAGGCUGAGCAACGUAGCCAAAGAGAAAGAAAGGACGAUAAAAGCAAAGAAUCUCCGUAGACUUACCAGCAAACACCCCGGUCCACUGGAAAGAUGCAGAAGACAGGCUUCUUCACCCAAAAGAAAGCAGCAGCAGCACUGUGCAUUGUCCUGUUAAUGGUGGCUCAACAGGUGUGUGCAGGUCCUUUGGUUUCACAGGAUCAGUCCAGCUUCCUCCAGAGUGCAGAUCUAAGGGGGUCAGAUGUCGUCCACGCUCCGAGGAGGAUAGCCCGGAUGACCCCACUGUGGCGGAUCAUGAACAGUAAACCCUUCGGAGCAUACUGCCAAAACAACUAUGAAUGCUCCACAGGCCUCUGCAGGGCAGGACACUGCUCCACGAUGAACCAUUCGGCAUCGCAGCCGGUGAACUAUUAGCCGUCCGAGGACACAACCAGCAUGUUCAUCCUGACGGGUUCUGAUAACUGGGAGAUCAGCUUACCCAGGCUUCUUCUUCUUCUUUUACUUCUUCAUUUUAAAUCAGAAUUUGUAUUUAUUUUCCAGUAAAAUUAUAUCUAAACAAUUUUUUAAAUGCACCUGUCAGGCAGCUACUGCCCCACCUGAUGCAUUUCUAAUUGGGAAUUGUCAGGCCUUUCAAACCUUAAGCAUUUGAUGACAGUUUAACCACACAGAAAGUUGUAUUUCUGCAACUAUUGAGCUUUUUUUUUUGUUAUUAUCUCUGUGUCCUACUAGUUACCCUGGCUUUGAACUUAUCCCACAGCUGAUAUAACGGCGCUCGAUAACAGCGUUUCAUUUAAAACCCGUUCCUUCAGAAAUAUCAUAAAACAGUGAAACAUUUUUAAAGGACAUUUGUAAUUCUGUAACUGAGCAGAUGCGUAGUCUCCACAUUUUUAUGACUGAGAUGUAAUUGGUCAUGUUUUCUAGGGUGUGAUAAACUCAGAUUUUUAAUGAUACGACUUUAUCAGAAGUAAAUGUAACAACUAGCUGUGCCUUCUACAAACUCCUCACCCUUACUUUUUUUUUUAAUACUCGCAGUCAUAAUUUCUGUCCCCUUAAUAAUUGGACCAGCCUAGUUUAGUCCAAGGUUAAAUUAAAAGGUAAAAUGUAAAUGAAGGAUAAACCAAUAGAGAACAAAUGACAUGGAGCUGACCUUUGAUCACUUCUUACUGUUGGGCAUUUUACAUAAAGCAAAGUUUUAGAAAUCUUAAAAAUAUGAAUGAACAUGAAUAUGAAUGAAGUUGCGGAAAUGACAUAAAAGGUGAUGGUAUAAAAACUGAGAAGAGGUGGAGCAAUGUUGUUAUGGAUUUAAGAUAAAAGUUAUUUAAAGUACACUCAGGUUCUUGACAAAAGGUUCAAACACAGUUGGAUUAACUAACAGUAUCUGUAAUGCUGAUUCUGGUAUUUUAUUUAUUUUAUCUUUUUUUUAAAUGUCAAAAUGUGCCCAUUUUCAUUUACUAUUUUAAACUCAGUUUAGGAUAUUUCACUUUUUUUUGUCCCAUAACCGUUUGGGUUUUUUGUUUUGUUGUUUUUAAAAAAAAGGAUUUAAAGCAGGAACGUUAUGACAUCUACAUGCUCAAACAAUUUUAAAUCUGCAAAGUCUCAAAGUCGAGCUACCUGAUGGGCUGAGUGUACAAAUACUGGGAAUAGAUUCCUCACUAUGAGCUGCACAGCCUUGUUUUUUAUUUGCACAUCUAUGAAAUCCUGAAAUUUAAGAGGAGGUUGCAGCUUUAGCUUCAACUCACCUGCAGUUUACUUCAUGCACACAGCAGGUGCUUGCUGAUAUUUUGUACACUCAGGUUGCACUUUUAAACCCAAAUUAUCUUUGUACUGUGUAUUGCUUACUGUACUGUUUUACUUGCAUCUGAAGGGCCGGAGAUGAAGUGAAAUAAAAGCAUCGGACAAAAGAAUCAGUGACUCAAACGUGGACUUUUGUACGCCGUUGCUUCGUGUCUUCUCAUAUACCUUUCACCUGGGACAUAAUGUGGACAAAGCUGACAUUUGAAUCCAAGGUAAACAAAUGAAUCUGCUGCCAGCGUUCAAAAGUCAAACAGCUGCUGGUGCACAGAUAUUCAGUCUUUCACAACGAGAGAAGCCAGCCAAGCGUGUGAGUGGGUGCAGGAGAUAAGUCGUGUUCAUUUAAGAGGAAUGACGCCUCCUGAAGGAGUUUUCCACAUCUUAAGAAAAUCUGCAGAGUCAUCAGAAAUGUCUGUUUGCAUGUUUGUCUGCACAUUCCUGCUGAAUUCACUGACAAGAUAACAGAAUAGAUGGUAAUCCAAACUCUUAUUUGUCUUUGUAAAAAGUGCAAGUACAGGUACUGGAUCCAAGUCCUUUAACAAGGAUUACCUUACCUUUUCAGACAUUUUGUUUGACCUUUACUGUUUCGAUAGGAGUUAAGAAGGGAAGGAGCAACUAAGUGGUGAUAAUACACUUGAUUAAGCAUUUGUCAGAAAGUCUGAGCACUGCUAUAAAAAUCAGAACUUCUGGAAGUUUCCUCGCCUGGAACAUUCAAGUGUGUUUUAACACCAUGAUGCAAUUUCACAAACUGUGCAACAUCUCGGACUCUACAGGCUUCAGUUAGUUAAAAGUUAAAGUUCAUGACAGUAUUGUUAGAAAAAGAUUGAAUAAGUAUGAUUUGUGUAGAAGGGUUGCGAGGAGAAAGCCUCUUCUCUCUAAACAAGGCAGCAAGGUUCAAGUUUACAAAACCGCAUCUGAACAAAUCAGAAGACUUCUGAAACAAUGUCAUUUGAAUGAUGAUGGCUGUAGCCCAGGUGGUGGAACAGGUUGCCUACUAAUCGGAAGGUUGGUGGUUUGAUCCUUGUCUGCUCCCGUCUGCAAGCCAAAUAUCCUUGGGCAAGAUACUAACCCCAAGUUACUCUCCGAUUCAUCCAUUGGAAUAUAAAUGGGUGAAAUCUGUGUAAACCGACUUGACUGCUCAGAGUAGAAAA